AAUAAUGGGCUUCCGCUUCGCUCUGACAGAAGCUGGUCUUUAUAUAUGUGCAAAUGAAUUUGGAAUACAACUCAACAAAACCGUCAAACCAUAAUAGUUAGGCCUAGGAUGAUCUAUCUUUGAUCGAUCGAUAUAUUCGCGCGCAAGAAUCGAUCCAAGCCAAGGUGACUCACCACUCCACUCCACUCCACUAGUAUCGAUCGAUAUGCCGAUGCGCGCCGCCACCUCCUCGCCGCGGUGCGCGUCCUUCUCCUGCAACCGCGGAGGCGCCCACGCCCACCUGGGCCAAAGCUGCGGCCGCCCGCUGGGCCGAGCUGCCGGGUGCCUCGCCGCCGCCUUCUUCGCGUCGCUGGAGCGCUGCUCCUGCGUCGAGUUCCCCACGGACGACGACGACGACCACCCUCCCAGGAGCCGGGACGUCGUCGUCGUCAGCGAGGCGGCGCCGCUGCUGCCCCGCGCCACCACGGCGGCGCCGAAGAAGAGCACGUCGACUACGACGGCCGGGAAGGGCAAGAUCAGCAGGGGUGGCUUUCGCUGUUGUGACAACACCACCACUGCUAAUUAAUCAAUAGUCUUCAAUUCUUCUUCUUGCAGUAUGCAUGUUGCAAAUGAAUAAACCAAUUGUUAGUUAGUUUCUCGCUGAUGAAUUGUACUAUGUCAUAAGUUCAUUUUGGAUGAAUCAUCCUACAUAUAUACUCCUAUAUGUGUAUCACACUCCAAUGGUCUUCGGUUCAA